AUGUCCAAUAAAAUAGUAAAAAAGCUUGACCUUAAGAUUACUGAACCCUUUACUAUUAUGGUUGUAACUGUGAAUGAAGUAAGAGUAAGAGCUCUAGAAAAAGUAGUUGAUGUUCAAAUGAAGUAUGCCCAACUUUACAUAAAUGAGAAUAGAUUGUAUAUACAAUAUAACUAUAAAGUCACUAAAAUUUCGAUAUCAUGUAAUAAAGAAAACCUCUCAAUAAAACUUAAAGAUGCUGAGAAUAAAGAUAUCUUUGAUGAAUUUAAAUUUGAAGAUGAAUUAUUAGAAGAAGCAAAAGGAUACUUUAUCUAUAAAACCUCUUGA